AUGACCAUGACAAUUAAGUCCAGUGAGUUAAAGACGCCCAGCAGAGUGCCACUGCCCAUAUUAGAGCUCUUGCAGACAAAUAAGAAGGCUCAAAAAGAUGUGCAGACUGGCCGUGGGGUCGUUUUUGGCACCAAGGCUGCAGCACUCAUGACAAACGUCACUCACAUUGCUUGUGACCACUGGGUACAUAUACUUGUGCCAAUGGGAUUUGUCCUUGGAUGUUAUCUAGACAGAAAGAAUGAAGAAAAGCUAACUGCCUUCUGGAAUAAGAGUUUGUUGUUUAAGAGGGAAUUGAGACCCAGUGAGGAAGUCACCUGGAAGUAAAGGCUAUGACUGAAUUAUAGAAUGUUCACAUUUUAAAAAUUAGGAGAGAGGGGCGCCUGGGUGGCUCAGUCGGUUAAGUAUCUGACUUUGGCUCAGGUCACGAUCUCACGGUUCGUGCGUUUGAGCCCUGUGUCGGGCUCUGUGCUG